AUGUUCAGCCCGGACGGGGGGCUGCCGGCCGCCCCCUUCGGCCUCCUGCCCGACGCCGGCCCGCCCUUCCCCCGCGGCGGCUUCGACGGGGCGGCCGCCCAGCCGCUCUUCUUCCCCUUCGCCGCCGAGCCCGAGGCCGCCCGCGACCCGCCGCCGGCCCGCGCCUGGCUGCCCCCGCCCGCCGGGCCGCCCGCCAAGGCGGAGGCGCGCCCGGGCCGGCCCUGCCGCCAGCCCUCGCCCGAGCCCCGCGCCGCGGCCUGCUGCGGCCCGGCCUGGCCCGCCCCGCCCUGGGCCGGGCCCGCGCCCCCCGGCGCCGCCAACACCGCCCUGCCCGGCCCGCCCUUCCCCGGCACCGGCACCGGCACCGGCACCCCCGCCUUCCCCGGCCCCCAGCUCUGCCCCGCCGCCCUGCAGCCGGGCGCCGGCGGCCUCUCGGGGCUGGGCAGCAGCGGCAGCUCCAGCGGCGCCGCCAGCGAGGGCGGGCACUCCAGCGACAGCGGCGACGAGGAUGCGCCAACCUCGGAAGAGCUGGAGCAGUUUGCCAAGGACCUCAAGCACAAGCGCAUCAUGCUGGGCUUCACCCAGGCUGACGUGGGGCUGGCUCUGGGCACCCUCUACGGGAAGAUGUUCAGCCAGACAACCAUCUGCCGCUUCGAAGCGCUCCAGCUCAGCUUCAAGAACAUGUGCAAGCUGAAGCCGCUGCUGCAGCGUUGGCUCAACGAGGCGGAGAACACGGACAACAUGCAAGAGAUGUGCAAUGCGGAGCAAGUGUUGGCCCAAGCCCGGAAGAGAAAACGCAGGACCAGCAUCGAGACCAACGUGAAGGGGACGCUGGAGAGCUUCUUCCGCAAGUGCGUGAAGCCCAGUCCCCAGGAGAUCUCCCAAAUCGCUGAGGACCUCAACCUGGACAAAGACGUGGUCCGAGUCUGGUUCUGCAACCGGCGUCAGAAAGGCAAACGGCUGCUGCUGCCCUUUGGCAACGAGGCGGAGGGGGUGAUGUACGACAUGAACCAGUCCCUGGUGCCCACCGGCCUGCCCAUCCCGGUGACGUCCCAGGGCUACAGCCUGGCGCCCUCCCCUCCUGUCUACAUGCCGCCCUUCCACAAAGCCGAGAUGUUCCCUCAAGCGCUGCAACCUGGGCUCUCCAUGAGCAACAGCAGCCACUGA